AUGGACUUACUGGGCCCCAUGGAGAUGACGGAGGGCUCCCUCUGCUCCUUCACGGCCGCUGAUGACUUCUACGACGACCCGUGCUUCAACACGUCGGACAUGCACUUCUUUGAGGACCUGGACCCCCGGAUGGUGCACGUGGGGGGCCUGCUGAAGCCUGAGGAGCACCUGCACCACCACGGGCACCACCACGGGCACCCGCACGAGGAGGAGCACGUCCGGGCACCCAGCGGGCACCACCAGGCCGGCCGCUGCCUGCUGUGGGCCUGCAAGGCUUGCAAGAGGAAGACCACCAACGCCGACCGCCGUAAGGCUGCCACCAUGAGGGAGCGGCGGCGGCUCAGUAAGGUCAAUGAGGCCUUUGAGACCCUCAAGCGCUGCACCUCCACCAACCCCAACCAGCGCCUGCCCAAGGUGGAGAUCCUGCGCAACGCCAUCCGCUACAUCGAGAGCCUGCAGGCCCUGCUGCGGGAGCAGGAGGACGCUUACUACCCGGUGCUGGAGCACUACAGCGGGGAAUCGGAUGCCUCCAGCCCCCGCUCCAACUGCUCCGAUGGCAUGAUGGAGUACAGUGGGCCUCCUUGCAGCUCUCGCAGAAGAAACAGCUAUGACAGCAGCUACUACACAGAAUCACCAAAUGAUCCAAAGCAUGGGAAGAGUUCUGUUGUUUCCAGCCUCGAUUGCCUCUCAAGCAUUGUAGAGAGGAUUUCCACAGAUAACUCCACAUGUCCCAUACUGCCUCCAGUGGAAAGUGUUGCUGAAGGGAGUCCUUGUUCCCCCCCAGAAGGAGCGAGUCUGAAUGAUAGUGGAGCCCAAAUUCCUUCCCCCACCAACUGCACCCCACUUCCCCAGGAUAAUGGCGGCAGCAGCAGCAACCCUAUCUACCAAGUGCUAUAA